AUGGCGGAGCCCAGAGCUGAAAUGCGAGGUGGGCUUGUGGCUCCCACCGUGGUUCCGAUGCUCACCAUGGUGAACCUGUCCAUACUGGUUCUGCUGCCCCCAUCAGCCUCAGUGGUAUCCACCCAUGUGAACGGGGCAGGGAUACAGAUGGGCAGUGCCUACUGGGUUCUCUACUCUCUGAAACACAAAAUCCAGCCUGAUGUGAACUUCACAUCCGUGUCGGAGUUUGUUAUCCAGAGGAAUGAGCCAUCAGUGCCUGGGCCUCCCGGGAGAAAUGGAUAUGGGAAGUCUUCACAUCUGUGGAAACACCUCCAAGGAGGCGCCGGCGCCAUGGGGCCCUUCACCUGUGGCCACUGUGGUCUCCUUAUCAUCAGAGACUGGCAGCCACCAUUUGCAUGUGAUGUUGAUAAACUUCACUUUACUCCACGUAUCCAGAGGCUGAAUGAAUUGGAGGCUCAAACUCGUGUAAAGUUGAAUUUCCUGGACCAGAUUGCAAAGUACUGGGAGUUACAGGGGAGCACUCUGAAAAUUCCGCAUGUAGAGAGGAAGAUCUUGGACCUGUUCCAGCUAAAUAAGUUAGUUGCAGAAGAAGGUGGAUUUGCAGUUGUUUGCAAGGAUAGAAAGUGGACCAAAAUUGCCACCAAGAUGGGGUUUGCUCCUGGCAAAGCUGUAGGCUCACACAUCAGAGGACAUUAUGAGCGAAUCCUUAACCCCUACAACUUAUUCCUGUCUGGAGACAGUUUGAGGGCCAUGAAUAUUAAAAUAGAACCAGAAGAGACAACAGAAUCUAGGACUCAUAAUCUGAGACGCCGAAUGGGUUGUUCAACUCCAAAGCAUGAAAGUGACAAAGAAAUGAAAAGCAACAUCAAGCAAGAACCCAUUGAAAAGAAAGAGUAUACGUUAGAGAGUGAGAAGGAAAAGCCGAAGAGUCGAUCUAAAAAAGCCACCAAUGCUGAAUAUCUUGAUAGUGGCUGGAAUUUGAACAACAUGCCUGUGAUGGAGCAGUCUGUCCUUGCCCACAUCACUGCUGAUAUAUGUGGCAUGAAACUCCCUUGGUUGUAUGUGGGAAUGUGCUUUUCUUCCUUCUGUUGGCACAUUGAAGACCACUGGAGCUAUUCAAUCAACUACCUGCACUGGGGUGAGCCAAAAACCUGGUAUGGAGUCCCAGGGUAUGCUGCGGAACAGCUGGAAAAUGUAAUGAAGAAGCUAGCUCCAGAGCUCUUUGUCUCCCAGCCAGAUCUCCUCCAUCAACUGGUGACCAUCAUGAACCCCAACACACUGAUGACUCACGAAGUGCCUGUUUAUCGAACCAAUCAGUGUGCUGGGGAGUUUGUGAUUACAUUUCCAAGAGCCUACCACAGUGGUUUCAACCAAGGCUUUAAUUUUGCUGAGGCUGUUAACUUCUGCACUGUUGAUUGGCUACCAUUGGGCCGGCAGUGUGUGGAGCACUACCGCCUGCUCCACCGCUACUGUGUGUUCUCUCACGAUGAGAUGAUAUGCAAGAUGGCUUCUAAGGCCGAUGUGCUUGAUGUUGUUGUGGCCUCCACCGUUCAGAAGGACAUGGCCAUUAUGAUUGAGGAUGAGAAAGCUUUACGGGAAACUGUCCGGAAAUUGGGAGUAAUUGAUUCUGAAAGAAUGGACUUCGAGCUACUGCCAGAUGAUGAGCGACAGUGUAUAAAAUGCAAAACGACUUGCUUCAUGUCUGCUAUCUCCUGUUCUUGCAAACCUGGCUUACUUGUUUGCUUGCAUCAUGUAAAAGAAUUAUGUUCCUGUCCUCCUUAUAAAUAUAAACUGAGGUACAGAUACACUCUGGACGAUCUCUACCCCAUGAUGAAUGCAUUGAAACUUCGAGCAGAAUCUUACAAUGAAUGGGCCUUGAAUGUGAAUGAAGCUUUGGAGGCCAAGAUCAACAAGAAGAAAAGCCUGGUCAGCUUUAAGGCUUUAAUUGAAGAGUCAGAAAUGAAGAAAUUUCCAGACAACGACCUAUUGCGUCACCUUCGCUUAGUUACACAGGAUGCAGAGAAGUGUGCUUCUGUUGCCCAGCAGUUGCUUAAUGGCAAAAGGCAAACGAGAUACCGAUCUGGUGGAGGAAAAUCCCCCAAUCAGCUGACAGUGAAUGAACUCCGACAGUUUGUGACUCAGUUGUAUGCUCUUCCAUGUGUUCUCAGUCAGACACCGUUGCUAAAGGAUCUGUUGAACCGUGUAGAAGAUUUCCAACAGCAUAGUCAGAAGCUCCUCUUGGAGGAAAUGCCCAGUGCUGCCGAGCUGCAGGAAUUGCUCGACGUCAGCUUUGAGUUUGAUGUUGAACUUCCACAGCUUGCUGAGAUGCGUGUCCGUCUGGAACAGGCUCGAUGGCUAGAAGAGGUGCAGCAAGCUUGCCUAGACCCCAGCUCCCUUACUUUGGAUGAUAUGAGACGUCUCAUAGACCUGGGGGUUGGGCUGGCCCCCUAUUCAGCAGUGGAAAAAGCUAUGGCCCGGCUGCAAGAGCUGCUUACUGUGUCAGAGCACUGGGACGACAAAGCCAAGAGUCUUCUCAAGGCCAGACCCCGGCACUCACUGAGCAGCCUUGCCACAGCAGUAAAGGAGAUUGAGGAGAUCCCUGCCUACCUCCCCAAUGGGGCAGUCCUGAAGGAUUCAGUGCAGAGAGCCCGGGACUGGCUGCAGGACGCAGAGGCGCUGCAGGCUGGAGGACGGGUGCCAGUGUUAGACACACUCGUGGAACUUGUUGCAAGAGGCCGAGCAAUCCCAGUACACCUGAAUUCUCUGCCAAGGCUGGAAUUAUUGGUAGCUGAAGUCCACGUUUGGAAAGAAUGUGCCGCGAAUACAUUCUUGACUGAGAAUUCUCCAUAUUCUCUCUUAGAGGUGCUGUGUCCUCGUUGUGAUAUUGGCCUUUUGGGAUUGAAAAGAAAGCAGAGAAAGUUAAAAGAGCCCUUGCCAAAUGGGAAGAAGAAAAGCACCAAAUUAGAGAGUCUGAGUGACCUGGAGAGAGCUUUAAUGGAAAGCAAAGAGACUGCUUCAGCUAUGGCAGCGCUCGGGGAGGCUCGCCUGAAGGAAAUGGAGGCUCUGCAGUCGCUCAGGCUUGCCAACGAAGGGAAGCUGCUCUCGCCUGCCCAAGACGUGGAGGUGAAAGUGUGUCUGUGUCAGAAGGCCCCGGCCACUCCGAUGAUCCAGUGUGAACUCUGCCGGGAUGCUUUCCACACAAGUUGUGUGGCGGCGCCCAGCACCCUGCAAAGCCCCCGCAUCUGGCUUUGUCCCCAUUGUCGGCGGUCGGAGAAGCCCCCGUUAGAGAAAAUCCUGCCCCUGCUGGCCUCCCUGCAGCGCAUCCGAGUCCGCCUCCCCGAGGGAGAUGCACUUCGGUACAUGAUCGAAAGAACCGUGAACUGGCAGCGCAGAGCCCAGCAGCUGCUUUCGUCAGGGAAUCUCAGAUUUGUGCCGGACCAUGUGGGCUCAGGACUGUUGUACAGCAGAUGGCAGGCCUCCGCAGGACAGGGAUCAGAGACCAACAAGGUUUCUCAGCCUCCUGGCACAACGUCCUUUUCCUUGCCUGAAGAUUGGGACAACAGAACCUCAUAUUUACACUCUCCCUUCUCCACUGGACAGAGUUGUGUCCCCCUCCACGGCAUCAGUCCAGAAGUGAAUGAGCUGUUGAUGGAAGCCCAGCUGCUCCAGGUAUCCCUUCCUGAAAUUCAGGAACUUUACCAGACUUUACUUGCAAAGCCAAGCCCUGCUCAGCAAGCUGACCACAGCUCACCUGUUAGACCCAGCAAUGAGAAGAACGACUGUUGCCGAGGGAAACGUGAGGGAACUGCCAGUCUCGAGAGAAAACUGAAGAGACGCCUAGAAAGAGAAGAUCUCUCCAGUGAGCCCUGGGAGCGAGUGAAAAAAACGCGGACCCCCAAAAAGAAGAAAAUCAAACUGAGCCACCCCAAGGACAUGAACAAUUUCAAAUUAGAGAGAGAGCGUAGCUAUGAAUUAGUCCGUUCUACUGAAACUCAUUCCCUGGCCUCAGACACAUCCUAUUCUGAGCAGGAGGACUCUGAGGACGAAGAUGCCAUCUGCCCCGCGGUGAGCUGCCUGCAGCCAGAAGGAGAUGAGGUGGACUGGGUCCAGUGUGAUGGCAGCUGCAAUCAGUGGUUUCACCAGGUCUGUGUUGGUGUUUCUCCAGAGAUGGCAGAGAAGGAAGACUACGUCUGUGUGCGCUGCACUGGGAAGGACGCCCCAAGCCGAAAGUAAAAACAAAACAAAUGCCCCCCAGUGUAAUUCAGGACUCCAACCAGGAAGAUCUCCUCAAAUCUCAGCAAAGCUACAGGACUGGUGCUAGGCCAGCCUGUACACGGUGCUAUUUCUAUUCCUACGGGAUCAUUUUUCCAGAACUCUUUGAAAAAAAGACAAAAAAAAACAACUAAAAAAUUUUUGACACUUUUUGUAUUUUUUCCUUGAGAGCUGUUUGUGGUGUUGGGUGACACGCGGACGUUUCGGAAGGGUCUGUCUUGUCCGUUGGGAAGGCAUUGGAGCCAGCACCUUUUCCUGUACAGCGCUGACGAGGUGCCUCCGUGUGGGAUUUACCGGCCUACGAGUCCAACUCGCCAGAGGGGCCCCAGAAACUCCAGUAACCCCUCGUUGGAGGAAUCUUUCUCAUUCACUCUGUUACUACAUCGGGGAUUUUAAGUUGUUCACUUUUGGGGGUUUUGUUUGUUUCUUUCUUUAUCCACUUUUCUUUUCUCUGGUAGACUUAGGUUUAUUUAUCUGAGCAAUAACUUCUAUGUUGGUUUCAGUGGCUGGAAUUAAAACAAAAACAAAACAAACUCCCGAA